CUUUUCAAUGUGGAGGUUAGGUCCUCUUAGCCAGUAAAAAAUACACUAAGAUAGAUUACUUUUUAAAAAAAGAAAAAAACACUAGAUAAGCUGCUCAGAGAGGCAUCAAGUAGCUAUGACUUACCGUCUGUUUGAAGGUAAGGAGCAUGCUUCUUCCUACUGGAAGUAUAGGAUCUCUCCAUCAGAUCAACUAAUACAACUGGUUCUUGGCUUCCUGGAAAAACAGAAAGGAUGUCCCUUUGAGCUGGCAGUGGAUGUGGGUUGCGGCUCAGGACAGGGCACUGUGCUGUUGGCCAAACACUUUACCUCUGUGGUGGGGACAGACGUUAGUCCUGCCCAGGUGGAAGUGGCUUUGCAGAAUGCUAAAGAGCAAAACAUUACAUAUAGACAGUGUGUGGCUGAGGAGCUACCAUUUUCUGACAGCUCAGUGGACUUGAUGACAGCCAUGUCUGCCUUCCACUGGUUCGACCGACCUCGCUUUCUCCAGGAGGCUCACAGAGUCCUGAAGCCCCGUGGCUGCCUGGCUCUGCUAAACUACACCAUUGACAUGGAACUGAGCUACCCUGACUGCUGCUCACACUCACUCAAUGAAAUCUGCAAAGAGUUUUAUGUAGCCUUGCAACCAUACCGCAGUCCCCACCUUGGACGUAGCUCUAUUGAGUUAUACCGGGAGGCCUAUGAAUCCAUCUCAUAUCCUGACAAGGAGUGGCAAGAAUGUAUGUUGGUGGAAAGGUCCAUGCCUCUGUCCAGUUACAUGGGGUUGGUGGAGUCUUUCUCGAGCUAUCAGGCUCUGCUCAGAGAUGACCCACAGAAAGCCAGCAGACUCUCCCAGGGCAUCUGUCAAAGGUUGAUGUCCAUAAUGAAGGUGACCUCUGUGGAGACAGAGGUGGUGGUGGCUGUGAAGUAUUUCUACCUUCUGGCCUGCAAACCACAGGAAGCCUGACAGUUUUCCAGCAUUCACAGUUUCAACAAAGUAGUAAAUGAGGACACAGAAACUUGUGCUACCUCCCAGUGUUUUAACAUUUCUGUGCGAAGCCAACAUCUGAAUUAUUACAGGACGAGUUAGUGUGUUUCUUACUUAUGUAUAAGUCUGUUCAGCUUAAAAACAGCACUAUUGCUAAGAAUAGUUUAACAUUUUUGAAAUAACUUUUAUUCACUGUCUUGCUGAGAGCUAGAAGUUUUCCAAUUCCAAUCAAUCUAUUGCUUUAAAGUUUCACAUUGUAUGUUUGGGGCUGUAAAGUUGUACAGGGUAUCAGCUGAUAUACUUUUAUAUACUAAUAAAUACCUGCAGAUUAUAUUUUUUAGUCUUC